UAUGCGCAUGCGCUCACAGUCGCUCUCUCUCUAGAGCUUCCUAAAAUUGUUCCUUUUCCUGUGAAAUAUAUUUCUCAUUUUAUCUAAAACUCCUACAAACUUCCCCAUUCCUCCUAAAAUGGAGGGCAAGGACAUAUUUAACACGCUGAGGAGGUUUGAUGCUUACCCCAAAACCUUAGAGGACUUCAGAAUAAAAACUUUUGGCGGCGCGGCCGUGACAUUCAUCAGCGGAUUUUUAAUGUUCAUCUUAUUUGUAUCUGAGCUAAACUACUAUUUGACAACAGAGGUAAACCCAGAAUUGUUUGUAGACACAACAAGAGCACAGAAGUUGAGAAUUAAUGUAGAAAUUGUAUUUCCAAAGUUACCCUGUGUAUAUCUUAGCAUAGAUGCCAUGGAUGUGUCAGGCGAACAACAGAUUGAUGUAUCAAGUAAUAUUCUUAAAAGAAGAGUUGACCUGGAUGGGAAAAUCAUUGAUGAGAAUGCAGAAAAAGGAGACCUUGGAGAUAAAAGCCAUGAAGCGAAAGAACUUUUAGAUUUGGAUCCUAAUAGAUGUGAAAGUUGCUAUGGUGCUGAAACUCCUGACAAAAAGUGCUGUAAUACAUGUGAUGAUGUCAGAGAGGCUUACAGAAGGAAGGGAUGGGCUCUGUCUAAUGUGGACGAUGUGAAGCAGUGCAUGCGAGAGGGCUGGAAAGAUAAACUUCAGGAGCAGAAAAAUGAGGGGUGUGAGGUUACUGGAUAUUUGGAAGUCAAUAAGGUGGCUGGAAAUUUCCAUUUUGCUCCUGGAAAGAGCUUCCAGCAGCACCAUGUACAUGUGCAUGACCUUCAACCAUUUGGAUCAACCCAGUUUAACCUGACACACAAUAUCAAGCACCUUUCGUUUGGUCACGACUACCCUGGAAAGACCUACCCCUUGGAUAACACCUUUGUACCAGCUAUGGAAGCCGGAAGCAUGUAUCAGUACUUUGUGAAGAUUGUGCCUACGACUUAUCGUAAGCUAAGUGGCGAGAUUCUUCACACUCAUCAGUUCUCUGUCACCAAGCACAAGCGAGUGAUUCGUCAGAUGUCAGGAGAACAUGGGUUACCAGGUGUGUUUGUACUCUACGAGUUCUCUCCUAUGAUGGUUCAGUAUACGGAAAGUAGAAGGUCUUUCAUGCAUUUCCUCACGGGUGUAUGUGCUAUUGUUGGCGGUAUAUUUACAGUUGCUGGUCUUGUAGACUCAAUGAUCUACCAUUCAUCCCGCGCACUGCAGAAGAAAAUCGACCUAGGGAAAGCGGGUUGACGUAUCGCACUGCGCAAGUUAAA